UCUGCGCUCGGCCGGGCUGGGCGCGCAACGUCUGGGAGGAGUAGGCAGGAUGGAGUCGUUUUUUACUGAGGGGGCCCGUGUUUGGGUCAAAGAGAAGGAACAGCUGCUUCCAGCCAUCGUUAACUCCUGUGGAGAUGGAACUCUGGUGGUCACAACUGACUAUGGAGAGGUGCUGUACCUUCAGCAGGCCGAGGUCACCAGGGAAAGAGUGUGCGCUAUGCACCAGUCCAGUAUUGACGGGGUGGAAGACAUGUCAGCACUGGCCGAGCUGCAUGAGGCUGCUAUUAUGCACAACCUGUACCAGCGUUACCAGAAGGAUAACAUCUACACAAAUAUCGGCAGCAUCCUGGCAGCAGUCAACCCAUACAAGCAGAUCCCAGGUCUGUAUGACCUAGAGAGGGUGGAACUGUACUCCAAACAUCAUCUGGGAGAACUGCCUCCACACAUUUUUGCUAUAGCCAACGAGUGCUACCGCUGCAUCUGGAAACGCCAUGACAGUCAAUGUGUCCUCAUCAGUGGUGAAUCAGGGGCAGGGAAGACGGAGAGUACUAAACUGCUGCUCCAGUUUCUGUCUGUAAUGAGCCAAAACUCAGCCGGGACUCCUCCAUCAGAGAAAACCACAAGAGUGGAGCAGGCCAUCGUGCAGAGCAGUCCAAUCAUGGAGGCGUUUGGUAAUGCCAAAACUGUUUACAACAACAACUCCAGUCGUUUUGGGAAGUUCAUCCAGCUUCACUUUUCUGAGAGCGGCAACAUCCAAGGAGGCUGUGUCAUUGAUUACUUACUGGAAAAGAACCGUGUGGUGCGACAAAACCCCGGGGAGCGAAACUACCAUAUCUUCUACGCACUACUGGCAGGAGCCAAUAAAGAGCAUAAAAGUCUUUAUUUCCUGGAGGAUCCAGCUGAAUCUUUUCACUACCUCAGCCAGUCAGGAUGCCUGAAGGACAAGAGCCUGAAUGACAAGGAACUAUAUAACAGUGUUAUGGAGGCACUGAAGGUUUUAGAGUUUACAGAAGAGGAGAUCAGAGACAUGUUUAAGCUGCUGUCUGGAGUCUUACAACUUGGCAACACAGAGUUCAUGACCGCAGGAGGAGCGCAGAUCACCACUAAACAAAUGGUCAGUAAUGCUAGUGAGCUGUUGGGUCUGGAUGCCUUCCAGCUGUCUGAAGUCUUGACUCAGCGCUCUAUAAUCCUCAGAGGAGAAGAAAUCUGUUCCCCUCUUACUAUUGAGCAGGCCAUCGAUUCCCGAGACUCUGUAGCCAUGGCGUUAUAUUCUCAGUGUUUUUCCUGGAUCAUCCUCAAGAUUAAUCAGAAGAUCAAAGGGAAAGAAAACUUCAAAUCUAUCGGCAUUCUUGAUAUAUUCGGCUUUGAGAACUUUGAGGUGAACCGGUUCGAGCAGUUUAACAUAAACUAUGCCAAUGAGAAGCUUCAAGAGUAUUUCAACAAGCACAUAUUUUCCUUGGAGCAGCUGGAGUACAACAGGGAAGGUGUUCAGUGGCAUGCUAUUGACUGGAUGGAUAAUGCAGAAUGUCUUGACCUCAUAGAGAAGAAACUGGGCUUGUUGGCACUAGUGAAUGAAGAGAGCCGGUUCCCUAAAGGAACAGACUUCACUCUGCUGGAGAAGUUGCACAGCAGACACUCUACAAACCCUUACUAUGUGAAGCCCAGGCUUGCAGAUCAUCAGUUUGGUAUUAAACAUUAUGCUGGAGAGGUUCUGUAUGAUGUCAAAGGAAUCCUGGAGAAAAACAGAGACACUUUCAGAGACGACAUCCUGAACAUGCUGAAGGACAGCCGACUGGACUUCAUCUAUGACUUGUUUGAGAAGGUUGGCAGCAGGAACAACGAGGAAAAGAUGGGAACAGCAAGACGCAAACCCACAGUGAGCUCCCAGUUCAGGGACUCGCUUCAUGCUCUCAUGGCCACUCUUAGUGCAUCUAAUCCAUUUUUCAUUCGCUGUAUUAAACCCAACAUGGAAAAGAAUCCAAAUGUGUUUGACCCAGAGGUUGUCCUGAACCAGCUGAGAUAUUCUGGGAUGUUGGAGACUGUGAAGAUCCGUCGUGCUGGAUUUCCUGUUCGCAGAACAUUCAAAGAUUUCUUCUCACGGUAUAAGAUUGUUCUCAAAGACAAAGUGCCAGCAGCUGGAGAUGAUAAGAAAAGAAGUACAGAUCUUUUAACAAAGUAUGAUAAGACCAAGAAAGAGUGGCAGUUGGGCAAGACCAAGGUGUUCAUGAAGGAGUCUUUGGAGCAUCGUUUAGAGAAGGACAGGGAUGAAAUCCGUCGCCAAGCUGCCAUGAUAAUCCGAGCCCACCUACUUACUUUCUCUGCAAAAAAACAUUUCAAACGAGUGCGCAUCAGCAUCCUCACCCUCCAGAAACAUCUCCGAAGGCACAUCCAACGCAGACAGUUCCUUAAGCAACGCAGAGCAGUACUGGUGUUGCAGAAACACAGGCGAGGUCAGGUGGCGCGUACUCGUGUUCGAAAACUCAAAGAAGAAAAGAAGAAGAAGGAGGAGGAGCAACGCAAGAAAGAGGAGGAAGAGAAGGAAAAGAUAGGUGAUGGGGAGCAGGAAAAAGAGAGUGAAGAAACAGAGAAGACAGCAAAAUCAUUAGAGGAAGAAGCCCGUCAAAUGGAGGAAAUACUGCAGCUUGAGAAAGAGAUUGAACGAUUGCAGAAGAAGCGAGAGGAUGAAGUGUCACAGCUCUGCGAGUCCUCCAAGCAGGAGUUGCAGCUACGCCGGGAUGCAGAACUCAAACGGAUGAAAAAGGAGGCAUCUCGGAAAGCCACAGGGCUCAUUGACCUUCUGAACUUUGGAGGCGUGGAUCCAUCUCUGGGAGCAGUCUGCGCUAAGCCUGCUGCAGAGGCCAAAACCCCAAAAGAGGCAAACACCAGCAGAGGUGCAUCUAAAGAAGAGGAUGUCGAUGAAGGUUUCCACGCUGAGGAGGAGUGCAUUCCUCUGCCAGACUUCCCUCCACCUGCUGAGUCAGACGCUCCUAUGGAUCAGGAGAUAUUUGCUCACCUCCCUCCUCCCCCGCCUGCUUUUGCAGAGGGAACAGUGCCCCCUGGACCACCUCCACCACUUUUUACAGAUGGCACGGCUAUCGGUGGAAUUCCUCCUCCUCCUCCUCUUCCUCCACCAGGAGACUGUGCGGCUGUCCCUCCUCCUCCACCACCACCUCCUCCAGGGGAGGGGGUUAAGAACGAGGGAGCAAAGACAGAGUCGGAGAGGAAGGUGAGCAUGGUGGAGAGCUUAGUGGAUGGUGAGGAGCCCAUCUACAGCAUGCCGGCCGAUACGGAGUCAGACUACGACCAGGAGGAAGAGGAAGGGUCUGUCACUGCUGGAGACGACAGUUCUGUAUCUGGAAGCAACCGGGGGAGCACCGCCGUGACAGAUGAGGAGCACCCGAGGAAGUCGACCUGCACCAAUGCCAGCAUUGAGUCCUACAGAGGCAGCUCUGACUCUUAUGCGGACAGUGAUGACGAACAUGAUGGGAUGAUGGACACUGAUGAAGAGGUGACAAAUGGUAGAGUAACUUUGCUUAAUGGAAAUGGACCGCCCUAUUUCCACGGUUACCUCUACAUGAAAGCUGGUUUGAUGAUCCCAUGGAGAAGGCGCUGGUGUGUACUAAAGGAUGAGACUUUCAUGUGGUUCCGGUCCAAACAAGAGUCCCUGAAGUCUGGCUGGCUCUACAAGAAAGGAGGAGGCCUUUCCACUCUCUCGCGGAGGAACUGGAAGAUGCGCUGGUUUGUACUUAGAGACAGCAAGCUGAUGUACUAUGACAACGACAGUGAAGAGAAACUGAAGGGAACCAUCGACAUCCGAGCAGCCAAGGAGAUUGUAGAUAAUCAUGAAAAGGAAAACGCUUUGAAUAUUGUGACAGAUGAGAGGACAUACCAAGUGUUUGCAGAGUCGCCAGAAGAUGCAAGUGGGUGGUUCAAUGUGCUGAGUAAAGUGAGAGUGUGCACUCCGGAGCAGCUGCUGGAGAUGUCCCAUGAGCAAGCCAACCCGAAAAAUGCUGUGGGAACUCUUGAUGUGGGACUGAUUGACUCUGUUUGUGCAUCAGACAACCCUGAUCGGCCAAAUUCUUUUGUCAUCAUCACGGCCAACCGUGUAAUCCACUGCAACAGUGACACACCAGAGGAAAUGCAUCACUGGAUCAGUUUGCUGCAGAAACCUAAAGGAGACGCCAGGAUAGAUGGACAAGAAUUCCUUGUCAGAGGCUGGCUCCAAAAGGAGAUGAAGACAAACGCUAAGAGCACAUCUCUGAAGCUAAAGAAACGCUGGUUUGUUUUGACACACAACUCUUUGGAUUACUACAAGAGCUCAGAGCGAAACUCCUCCAAGAUGGGAACUCUGGUCCUAAACUCCCUCUGCUCUGUCAUUCAGCCGGAUGAACGAGUGCACAGAGAAACAGGUUACUGGAACAUCAUAGUGUAUGGGAGGAAGCAUUCCUACCGCCUUUAUACUAAGAUGCUGAAUGAGGCCAUGAGGUGGACAGCUGCCAUACAGGGAGUCAUAGACAGCAAGACCCCAAUAGAAACCCCAACGCUGCAGCUCAUCAGAGACAUCAAGGAGAACAGUGUGAACCCUGAAAUAGUGGAGCAGAUGUACAGGAGGAACCCCAUCCUCAGAUAUACUCAGCAUCCUCUGCACUCCCCCUUGCUGCCGCUUCCUUACGGAGAGGUCACCAGCUUACACAGGCAGCAGGGUUAUGCCAGCCUGCAGGAUGAGGCAGUGCGAGUUUUUAACUCUCUGCAGGAGAUGGAGACACUGGCAGACACAGUGCCCAUCAUUCAGGGCAUCCUGCAGACCUGCCAGGAUCUGCGCCCUCUCAGGGAUGAGGUAUAUUGUCAGGUGAUCAAGCAGACCAAUCACGUGCCUCAGCCUAACAGCCCAGCCAACCGGGCACACUGGCACCUGCUCACCUGCAUGAGCUGCACCUUCCUACCCAGCCGAGCCAUUCUCAGAUACCUCCGCUUCCACCUCAAGAGGGUGCGAGAGCGCCAUCCCGGCACAGAAAUCGAACGUUACGCCACUUUUAUUGGGGAAUCCCUGAAGAAGACCAAGACUCGUGAGUUUGUUCCCUCUCAGGAGGAGAUUGCUGCUCUGCUGGUGAGACAGGAGAUGAGCACCACCGUGUACUGCCAUGGAGGAGGCUCGUGCAAGAUCUCCAUCAACUCACACACCACAGCUGGAGAGGUUGUUGAGAAGCUAAUCAGAGGUCUGGCCAUGGAGGACAGCAAGAACUUGUUUUCUCUGUUUGAACACAACUCCUUCACAGACCGAGCCCUGGAGAGCAGGGUGAUUGUUGCCGAUGUUCUAGCCAAGUUUGAGAGACUGGCUGGCAGUGAAGAAGAGGAAGAGGAGGGAGAGUGGAAACUGUACUUCAAAUUGUACUGCUUCUUGGAUGUAGAGAGCAUGCCCAAAGAGGGGGUGGAGUUUGCAUUUAUGUUUGAGCAGGCCCACGAGUCUUUGAUAAGUGGUCACUUUCCAGCCUCAGAGGAGACUUUGCAGCACCUGGCAGCUUUACGUCUCCAGUAUCUCCAUGGUGAUGGGGCAGGUCGAGCUGGAUGGAGCUUGGGAAGCGUUUAUCCCAUCGGACGUCUUCGCAAUCGCAUCCUGCACUCCACUAAGCCGGGCGUGAUCGCGGCAGGUGGAGCUGGAGGAAGAGGAAGUGGAAUAUCAGGGGAUGGAAUAAGCAUGAUGGGAGGACAGGGAUCUAUCGGGGUUGGCACAGAGAAACGAAAGACUCCAAGCUUUCUGGAUGGCACCCUCAGGAGAAGCUUUAAAACUGGCUCUCUGAAGAAGCAAAAGGUGGAGGAGGAGCAGAUGCUGGAGAUGUGGGUGAAAGAGGAGACGUCUGCCACACGCACAAGCGUACUGGAGAAGUGGACCCGUCUGCAGGGAAUGCCUCAGCACCAAGCUAUGCUUAAAUAUAUGAGCCUCAUUAAGGAGUGGCCUGGAUAUGGAUCUACUCUUUUUGAUGUGGAGUGUAAAGAGGGCGGUUUUCCUCAUGAUCUGUGGCUGAGUGUGAGUGCUGACAACGUGUCUGUUUAUAAACGAGGUGAACCCAAACCUUUGGAAACCUUCCAGUACGAACACAUCACCUUCUUUGGAGCUUCGCAGCCCUGCACCUAUAAGAUUAUCGUGGAUGAGAGGGAGAUGUUCUUUGAGACUCCGCAGGUUGGAGAAAUCACCAAGAUCAUGAGAGCCUACAUUAACAUGAUGGUAAAGAAACGUUGCAGCAUCAUGUCUGUGUCAAGUGUGUCCAGUUCAUGGGCCAGGUGAUCGCCACCAACCAAUUAUAGCCCUCGCUUCAUGCAUCAGCGGAAACAGACGCCUUGACUAGCCGUAUCGGUUGGUUGGAAUAAUGAAGGCAGUUGCAUCAACCAGCUAAUCUCCAAGUAGAAUAAACAGCAGUGGAUGAGCAUCAAUGGGGAGAAAUGGAUACAGAAGCCAAACUCAUACUCUUCUGGUCUGGGUUUAACUUGGGAUUAAAAAUGAGCAUAAAAAAACAACCUGUAAUUUGGGGCUGUCACAUCAAAUACAUAACCUUCAGCUGUAGUCCUGCAUGCAUGUUCAAGCACACUCCAGACCUUUCUCCUUUUUUUCUUUUUUGGAGCAAAUAAAAAAUUCAGAGAUAAGCACAACUCUGCCACCCAGUCUCAGUCAGCCUCAGGUGGCUCCUCCACCCCCCCUCCCGUGCACUGCCAGAGAGAAAAAAGCCACACUUUCUCAGUUAAAUGUGUUUGUCUCUCAGUCCUCCACCAAUUUCAAAGUCUCUCUCUUUCUCUUUGUCUUUUCACUCCUUCUCGCAUCUUUUUUUCCAUUGCCAUUAAUGCUGAAUUCUUCUGCUUGAUUUUUCAUUGUUAUUCUUGUUCUGCCUUUAAUUGGUAACAUCAUUAGUACAUUUGACAAAAAAAAACAAACAAAAAAAAAACAUAAGGAUUGUUCUUUGGGGCCACAGCCCACUAAUGCACACUCUAUCGCUCAUCGGUGCCACUGUGUGGCUGCAAGAAGCAAACGCAGCCAAAGGAAGUGGCUUCAAAUAUUUCCGAACAAUUUAUUCGCCAGAAGAAAGAAUCUGGAAACUCUCUGGUCAUGUUCAGCUGGACACUAAGAGGCUUUGCAUGGAGAAGAGCCUAAUUUGGCUCUACAAGGUAACUUAUGUCAGCCAGAUCAGACCAUUAUAUCUACAUAUAACACAGCCUGCAUAAAUCUGUAUAGACACAAAGAUGUGCACAUAAACAAAUGUAUCGUUUUUGCAAUGUAUAUCACAAAUUAUGACAAAGAUUAUCAAAAACUAUGGUGGGCACUGCACUGUAAAGUCUAUAGAUGUCAUACUAAAAGCAAUGUGACACCUGUCAUGUAAAAUACAUGCAAGUGAAUGCUGUUAAUAAUGACCACUGUAUGUGUGAAUAUGAUGCCAAUGCUGUACAUCAUUCACUGGCUGUGCCAUCCAAUGUGAAUUCACUGAAAUGUAAGAAUUAGUAGAAACUUUGACUAUAUUGAGACUGGCUGCUAUCAUGGUCAUAUUUUCACUGUGUUUGAUGAAUUUAUCAUUGUUGUUGUCUGCUGGAAUCACAUUGCAGCAUUGUUUGGAGCCAUAAGAAACUGUUCAUCUUUCUUUGCUUCUUAUUUUGUAAAUUCUUUUCCCCAAAACACAAGAAACUUAAGCAAAAAUGUGUACAAGCUCCAGUUUGUCUGUGUCCAGCCUCUUUCUGAACAUUUAGACUUUUAUUACUGAUAUUAUUAUUAUUGUAUAUGCUCCCACUAUCGUAACCACCCUUAAGUGCGAUGUUUGGAUUGCUGCUGUAUGUGUGUGUGUGUAUUAACAUUGUAAUGCAAAUCGUUGGAAAAGGGGAUAUGAGAAAAGAGAAAAGAUAUUACUGGCUGUAUUUGUUGGAAAUAAGAUGUAUUUAUAUGAGUAAUCUUUGCUAAGAAUGGUGUUGUAAUUGUGGGUUUAAGGCAAUGGCAUGGAAUUUCAUGGAGGGUUUAGGGGUUAUUUAUUACUUAUUGUACUGUAUGUAUU